AUGGCACUAAUUAACAAAAGCCAUCCUGAAGAGUUUAUUCUGCUAGGCUUUGCAGACUGUCCUUGGCUGGAGCUUCCUCUAUUCGUAUUUCUUCUCAUGACAUAUCCCAUGGCAAUGACGGGAAACAUAGCCAUAAUUUUGGUGUCCAGCUUAGAUCCCCGUCUGCACAGCCCUAUGUAUUUCUUCCUCACUAACCUCUCCCUUUUGGACAUGUGCUAUACCACAAGCAUUGUCCCUCAGAUGUUGUUUAACCUGGGAAGCGCUAAGAAGACGAUCAGCUAUGUGGGGUGUACAAUUCAGCUUUAUUUCUUCCACAUAAUGGGGGGCACAGAAUGUCUGCUUUUGGCUGUUAUGUCUUUGGAUCGCUAUGUGGCCAUCUGCAAGCCUCUACGCUACACCCUCAUCAUGAGUCGGCGCAUCUGUAUCCUAUUGGUAUCCACUGUGUGGCUCACUGGAGUGAUCUACGCUGUGUCAGAGGCCACUGUUACAUUACAGUUACCGCUAUGCGGUCUCAAUAAGCUGGAUCACUUGGUGUGUGAGAUUCCUGUUCUGAUAAAGACUGCCUGUGGUGAAAAGGGUGCUAACGAGCUCACACUCUCUGUGGUGUGUACUUUUAUGUUAGCUGUUCCUCUGUGCUUAAUUCUUGCUUCCUAUGCUUGUAUUGGACAUGCUGUAUUUAAAAUUAAAUCAUCUAAGGGACAGAAAAAGGCCUUUGGGACAUGUUCCUCCCAUCUCAUUGUAGUUUUCCUAUUUUAUGGCCCAGCCAUUAGCAUGUACCUUCAGUCCCCCUCCUCCAUCUCGAGAAACCAACCCAAGUUCAUGACUCUCUUCUAUGCAGUGGUGACUCCUGCACUCAACCCUUUCAUCUACACCCUGAGGAACAAGGAUGUAAAGGGGGCAUUAGGCAACCUGGGGAGGAGCAUUUUCACUUCCCAGUGA